AUGGAGGCUGUAACGAGAUGGCUGUGUAGCUUCUAUGCAGACAAAGUGACGGUUCAACACCAUAGCCGAACAGUAACUUGUGGAGAUGAAGUACUACUUUGUAGUAUCGCGUUAACCGACCCUAAUUCAAAGUUUACAGAUUAUCAUGACAAGAAUAAAAUCACUGUUUUAUACCGCCAUAGAAAUGCGGAAGCCGUAGGAGGCUGUGAAUUCCGUAUUGAGGAAGUAAAUUCUCGACAACUCAACGUUUUCUGCUAUGCUCGUCGCGCUGGGAAAGCAAGGGUGAAGGUGGACCUGGGAAAAUGGUAUCAAGUCGAAUGUAAGCAACACAUCACUGUAAAGUAAUCUAAUUUUAUAUUAUAUACUGGAUAGGUCAUAUAAAGAUCUAAACUGUUCUCCCCUGCGGAGUGCAACUGUGCAAAUAAAGGCAUUGUUAUUCACACAAGCUUAAUCUCUCGCGCAAUGAGAGUUGCAACUGUAUGUAUACAAUUAUACGCACGCUUUUAUCAUGGUCCCGCGAAAAAAUACUUGUUUAAAUCCAAUCUGUACCCAGAUUGAUUUGAAUCUCGAACAGAAAUUAAAGAAUGUCAGGCAAAAGAUAAAGUACCAAAGUGGUAAACAAUUACUCUGAUCACGUUGACUGACAUUUUAAUCCGAGUGACUUUACGACUACAGUACGAGUCUCUGCUCUUUAUAUCCGACUCAUGUCGAUGAAUAUCCGAGUCAUUUCGAGUCGAAUAUCCGACUCAUGAACAUAUGAUAAAUAUCCGACUCAUGAUAUGAUGAAUUUCCGACUCUUGUCGAUGAAUAUCCGACUCAUUUCGAUCCGUAUUUUUCAAAAGUAAUGACGUUGUAUUGGCCAUGUAUACGGUAGCUUGCAAUUGCAGCGCAGGCAUUACCUCCGGAGUUAUCUAAUUAGCUCCACAAAGCUAACUCCUCUGCCUCCGUAUGAUCUUUAGAGUUUGCCUGUAACUUCAGAAUUCUUAAUUCAACCAAAUCUUGAAGUGCACAUUUUGAAAUUGGCUCCUUAGAUUAUGGAGGUAUAGCGUCGCCAUGCAUGCUAAACACACUGCCCUGCAAUUAAAUUACAAGAGGUUAAUUGUUUGCAACGUUUAAAACAACAAAAAAGUAUCUUGAAAAUAUACAAGAGCAGGCGUUAAAGAAUUCGGGAAAGCGUACUAAUCUAUGUAUGAUGCAGUCUCUGAAUGCCCUCUCUGAACGCCAUAGAAAUAUUAGACCUGGAAUGGGUUUUUCUUCUUUACAAAGCUUUUUUUUUCCACUUUAAGUCUCGAUAUAUUUUUUUUUGCAAAUUUUGUUGAAAAAGCAAUUUGCACUCCCUGUAACCGCGCAAAAUUCCUUGCCGCAGGAGUCUGGGACUAGCCAAAAUGCCCUUAUAAAUCCGCCAUCUUGUCACAGAAUAAGAAGGUACAGCAGAAGUGUAACUUGAGUCGGUUCCUUUAUUGUUUUAUGUCCACGAAAAUUUUAACUCGCUCACGCCAUCCUGGCUAGUACAACCGGAAGUUUUUAUCAGGUUUUGGUAGGUACAAAGUGCCGGUUGUACUAGCCAGAUGACGAAUCGCUUGUAAAAACGCGGACAAAUACUUGUUUGAGUUAACUUCUACUGUACCUUCUUAUUCUGUGAUCUUGUGGAGACAAAAUUUUACUGAGAAAAGAUAGGAGCACGCAUUCUAUGACCAUGUCUAUUAUUUACAGUAUAUGCCUUACGCCCACGUUACUGCACGGUGCAAUUUUUGCUGCAUGACUUUCAAUACAAUUUCGAUUUUCGAAUACAGGGCCCCAAAACGGCACAAUUUUGUUAAAUCUAGGUACAAUUACGAUUUUUGGAUACAGGGCCAUGUUAUUAAAAAAUAGUCGCAUAUAUGCACCAAUUGGACCCCCAAAACGGCACAAUUUUGUUAAAUCUAGGUACAAAUUACGUCAAACCUGGAUCAAAAGGCUGCACACAGGAUAGGCUAAACAUGUCUUGCAUGUAAAUAGAAAUUAUCGAGUGGAAAUUUCUAUACCUUUCAACUCCAUAAUGUCCAUCUACAAGAUCCUUCAACAAUUAUUGAUUCGAGUGAGAUGCCAACAAAAUCUCGAUCGAUAUUUACCCAUAACCUAAACGUACAUGGCAGUACCCUAGAUAGGUGAGACACCCGUAUUUAUAUCUCAUGAACUCGCUGUCACCAAGGCAUGUGGUACAACACGGUGACUCAACGCAUCCAGACAUGCCAGAGUGUAAUGGGGCCAGAGUGCUCAAACGACCACAAGGGAAGUGAGCUUUGCAUUAGCGCUAAAGCCUGGUUUCCAUUAAAUCGUAAUCAUCGCAAUAGUCGCGGAACGCAGACAUCGCGAUCGCAAAAAUCGCAAUAAGUUUAUCUUUGCGACUUUGUCGUAGGAGUCUUAGUGAUCAGUGUGACUCAAGUUUCCAAUAAAUCGCAGUUUUUAUUAAAAUUUCCGCGUUUUUAAAAUCGUUGCGACGCUUGCGAUGCGGUUCUUGCGAUAAUUACGAUUUAAUGGAAACAUAGUUAAUGGAGGAGAUGGUAUGGAAACUCAUUAGCAUUACAAUAAACCUCACUAUCUAUGUUUUUGUUCAGGUUUAUGCAAAAAUGUGGUCUUUCAUCGUCACGUGCGUAUUGUAUUUUUGCUCAACCAGCCAAUAGCAACGGUUUUGUCCAAUUGCCCAUCCAUGACUUUAACAAUAGGACAUUUUGAACAUUCCUAUUGGUUGACUUGAGAAAAAUACAAUACGCACGUGACGAUGAAAGACCACAUUUUUGCAUAAACCUGAACAACAUAGAUAAUGAGGUUUGUUGUGAUUUUAUUGUAAUGCUAACGAGUUUCCAAACCAUCUCCUCUAUUAACUAUGAUGGAAACCAGGCUUAAUAGACACCCAUUAACAACUCCGCAGAGUGCCCAACAACACCGAAGUGAAGGACUGACGUAUACAAGAUCUUGUGGUUAGAGCUCGACUACUGGCAUCUGUAGCUCAGUUGGUUAGAACGCUGCACCGGAAUCGCAGGGCCGCAGAUUCGAUUCCUGCCUGUAUGCGUACUUGCAUUUUUCGCAACAGUUCCUGAUUAGGUCUAAAGGUAUAUAAAUUUCCACUCGAUACUUUCCAUCUACAAGAUCAUUCAACAGUAUAUUAUUGAUUGGAGUGAGAUGCCAACAAAAUCUCGAUAUUUAGCCAAAACAUGACCCACAUUCUACUCUGCCGACAUCUUUCCGAACUUUUAAAGGGGUAAAUGGGAUGAAAUAUGAUGAAAAAUGUUGGAAUCACGAGAUGGUAAUGAAUAAUUAUUUUUUAUUUAGGUCAAGAUCUAGUCGUUGACAUAGUUCCCUCCAUACCAAAAUAUUUACAAAAUGUCGAGGUUUCCUGCUGCGAGAAGCCUGUAGACGAACAGCAUAGGCCAGAAAGAAUGGGCACAUUGUAUUAUGGGUAUUAUGGUAUCGAGUCGUUUCUGAAAUUUAAAGUUGUUGACGAGUUUAGAAACGUAAUCCGACCACUCGGAUUAUAUGAUGUCAAAAUUGAGUACUCGUAUAACAACUUGGAAUGGGAAAUGAGAAGUGGGAAAAUUUGUGCGAUUUUUUUACCAAAGCAGAUUGGAGAAAAGCAAAUGGUUAUAAGGCUUAAGAGAUUAAAUUCAAUGAAUGAAUCGACCUACACCUUCCAAAUACCCAUUAGUAUCCAUCAUCCACCUUGUUCGCCCUCCCUAACCCUAAAUUUCCUUGAUGACAGUCGUGAACAACGUUGUACGGCUGGCAAGGAGUUCACUUUCAAGGUAAAGCUAUACGACGUAUUUGGAAACCCUGUACUCCAAGAUCCCAAAGAAACAUGCGACAUGGAUGUUCAAGUAUCUUCUCCCAAAGCAACUAUGACAAAAGAGCAAGUGAAUAUCAGCAAGAUUAGUAAACUUGAGGAUAUAAGUUUUGCUGUCACAGUUGGUUUUAAAAUAGCUGGCUUUAGAAAACUAAGACUGAUCGUGAACUCUGGUUCUGAGUCAAGUUUUAAAUACAUUAAUGUCAAAGUUUUUCCCUCCACUCCAGAUCAUUUUAAUGAUGUCAGAUUUACAACACAUGGCGCAAUUGAUGAAAGUUUUUCCGCGGAUCCUACAGUCGUGUACAGGAACCAGUGGUCAAUCUUAGAGGCGGAGAUGGUUGAUCGCUACAACAAUGUUGUCCGUGAACUGAGUAAUGACUACAACAUUGGUUUACAGUUGUUCAACGAUGAGGGAAAUGUGAUGGAAAUGGAAUACCAGGAUGUGGAAUUUCGAAAUAAAAUGCUUCGAGUACAAUUGAAGAUUAUUGAGGCUGGGAAAUAUAAUCUAGCAAUAACUCUGACCAAUAGGAACAAUCAUAAUCAAGUAGUCCGUUUGCAAGAGAUUCAAAUACAAGUCAAUGACGCACCAUUGUACCUGGCCGGAUCGAAAUUCCUUCAUCCCGAAACCUGCAUGGCAGGCGAAGAAAUCCAGUUAGAAAUUCGUCCACGUGAUGUAUUUGGAUUCCCCUUGCCUGCUGACUCGACUACUGAUUGUAAUCUCACCGGAGAUAUUGGAAAUUUACCUUUCGCACUGAAUGAGAACAAGAAAACCAAGAACGAAUCGAAUGUUGUAAUUUGCGUUUCAAUCGUCCUAACAAAAGCUGGUCGUAGAAAAGUGAGGAUCUAUGACAAGGAUAAUAAAUCAAAAGAGUUAAGCAUUCAAGUCAAUCCUGAUGAAAAUUAUAUGCACUGCCACUGGGAGUUCGCUGCUCCAAAAACUGCUUAUAGAAGAGAAAGAUUAAUCUUAACACUGCGCUUGUUUGAUCGUUUUAAUAAUGAAGUACGGACUGAUGCAUUAGAAAAUAUCCCGCAGCUUAUAAAGAGGGAUGGGCCUGAUGGAUUGCGUUUUCCAGGAGAAUCCAACAACGAAGUUGCAAUUCGUUGCUACUUCAAGCGAACAGGGAGAUACGAUCUUUGUUUAGCAGAACGAGAUGGUACUUGUCUUGAGAGUACUUUUUUCUCGAUCACUGUACAGGAUGCUCCUUUAGAUUAUCACCGUUCAACCAUUGAAUGGAUACCUGAAUAUGAUGAGAUUCCAGAUCAACCUGUGUUUCCCGAAGACGAAACAUUUCAAUGUUGCUUGAGACUGAAAGACGUACUUGGUUAUGAUUAUGACACAAAAAUAGCAAAGGAUUGUAUUAAAGUGAGAUAUGGUAACACCGAGGUGGAGAACAUAGAGGUCUCUUCUUGUCCGAACGAUGUUGGAUCCUACAAUAUUGUUGUUCCAUUGGGGAAUCUUGUGAAAGAUGAUCGAAGUCCGAGAUUUUGGUGCUUUGUAAAUGGCAAGAAAAUUGAAAACCCCUUGAUUUUGCCAACAUUUGGAGGAUUUGAGAAGCAUGAUGAUGAUAGGAACUGUGUUGUGUAUAGAAGUCACGCAUUUGUAAGCAUUGUUUGCUGUGGUGUUAAGAGAAACGACAUCAUUGGAAGUGAUUAUGCUCACUUGAAUAAUAUCAAGAGAGUUUGCGAAUUGGAUAACGAUCCCAAAGUUGAUGAAACUUAUCCAGUCGAUGCAACAAUUAGAGCAGAUCUCAUUCGUACAGUUGUUGAAAUUCCUCUUCACGAAAUCGUAAAUAAAAUACAGAAAUGUCGGAACAUUUUGUUGCAUCUUAUUAGGGCUACCUAUUAUCGCAAAGAGGCGUUUAAAAUAGAUGAGGCACGAGAAGAUUGGAAAGAGAGGGCAAGUGAAAAUUACAACAAAAUUGAAAAAGGAGAAAAUAUUGACAAAAACGUUCCUCAUUUUUGCAGCCAAAUCAAAGAAAAAUACGCCAGACUUAUGGGAACAUAUCACGAUGCUGCAUGUGACGAGUUUUUUGAGUUUUUUAAUGCUAAACGUGAUCAGAGUGAGAUUGAUCUUCAUGGAUUGUUGGUUGUGGAUGACAAAAAGCUCCGGGAUUAUGAGCGGCAACUUCUUCGCAGAUCUAGAGAUCGCAUGAGUUUGGCCCAAGUGCAAAGUAAAAUCGAAAAAGAACGCGAUCAUGGCAAUGAGGCUAUAAGGUAUUUAUUUAUAUACUCUCUUAACCUCUAUUUAUACCGCAGAUAUAUAAUAUAUAUUUGUAAAAUUUGACAUAGUCCCUGGAAAAUGCCAGGGGUGUUUAUUCACAAAGCUUUCGGUCCGUAAGCUUAACUAAGACAAACCGGAUGCGAUUCGCCAACGCGGUGCGAUUUUCGAUUUUCGUUGACCGAUAACAUUUAAGUUUUCUAAAUAUUUAGAAGCGCUAUAACAUUUUGAGUUAUUCGGUCUACACAUCUUUUAAAAUUUACUUUCAUUGGCUGUCUUAUUAUAAACCGUUCAAAAACUGAAAAAUCGCGCCGUGUUGUCGAAUCCCGUCCGGUGUUCUCGGGCUUCAGUAAUUAUAAUUAUUAUUAUUAUUAUUUACAUGCACGGUGAUCUUUCAGUUCCCUGUUUUCAAAGAGCCGUGCAACAACUAAAAUACAAUACAUAAUCAAAUUACCUAAUAAAUACUAUUUACAUUAAUUUACAAUAAUAAAUUCACAAAUUUAUUAAUCCUUCUGAUUUAAAUGAAUCAACUGAUAAAUUUAAAUUAAUCAACUGAUAAAUUGCCCAACCCAUAUAUUAUGAUCUCUACGAUACCUCUCAUUUCUAUUUUCUGUCCAAAGACUGAAGUAUAGUCGAAAAUGGUCUAGUGAGAGCUCUUUUACUAGCUAGGCGCCGAGGAAGUUCAGGAGAUCUUACUUGGGAAGAAUUCCCAACUUGAGAGGGAUAUCUAGAAGAGGGCCAAACUUGGAUCCCAUUUCCAGCUGCAUGGGGUCACUUUCAUGUGGGAACCAGGGGAAAUUGCCCUCUGCCCCUUUUAACAGCUUUGUUAGUUGAAAUUCUUUUCACUAUUGCAACCAUAGAAAAUUGCGAAAAAGGCUUGAUAAGUAUGACCUGGAAAAAGCCAAAGAAGAGGGCGAGCCAUGGCUUGAGAUCAUCGUUGGUUCUGGUCAUCACUCUAAAGUACGGCAAAACUCUAAAGUGCGGCAAAGAAUCCGACCAAAGGUUGAAGAGUACUUAAGAGAAAGAGAGUUGGAAUUUUAUCCAGUUAACAAAGGAGCUUUGGUGGUCACAUUUGAAGAGUAUGCCGGGAGUGAGCCAUGUUUUGGAGAGUAUUAUUGCAACAAAUGUGAUAAGAGAUGGCGAAAUGGUCGAAGUUGGGUUGGCAUGUGGCAAGCUUGUUACGACUGCUACGAGAAGAAACGAUUACUAAAGAGAUGCUACCCGCUCAAGCAACGUUCUACAAGAAAACAGCAGAGGUACACUCCCAAUAUUGUUUCAAGAAACCAACGGCGAAUUCCCGAACACCUUGAAGAACUUUGUGAAAAGUGUAUUGAGCUUGGACGGCCGUGUCCACGAGCGUGA